AUGGGGUUAACGGCGCCGCCUCCUAACAUCGGCCUGUCAGAGCUUCUGUCAGAUGGAAGCCCUCGACUCCUGGUCCCGAGAAUUGAUUAUAUUGCCACCCGUGAACCCAAUAAGGUCUACGCCACCAUCCCACACGAUACCGAAGACCUUUCCCAGGGCUUCCAAGACAUCACAUACUCGGCUUUCGCGCGAGCGAUAGAUCAUGCUGCCUGGUGGUUGAACUCUGCUCUAAAAACAGCAAACGUACGAUUCCAGACCGUUAGCUAUUGGGGCCCUUUCGAUCUGCAGUAUGUCAUAAUGAUAGUAGCUUGCAUGAAGAUUCGGUGCAAGAUCCUCCUGUUAUCUUGUUAUGCCUCCUUCGAUGGCAUAGUGAAUUUGUUCGACAAGGUUGGCUGCCAAUGUCUCUUACUUCGCGGAACCCUGCCCACGGACUCGAACAUUGCGGCGGUGUUGAGGACCAGAUUAGAUGUUUGUCAGGUUCCUGUGCCACCAUCUGAGAACUGGUUGUCAGUUCCGGCAGGGCUACCUUAUCCUUACAAUGAGACAUAUGCAUCCUCUGCUGGUCGGGUCGCCUGUAUUUUACAUUCAUCUGGAACCACAUGUAUGGUCCUUGCCCCAAUCUUUGCUCUUUUAGGUCGCUUACCAUCAGCAGCUUUACCAAAGCCAAUCUACUACACCAACCGACGCCUGGCAGCAUUUGGCGCAGCUCGCUUCCUUUCGCAGAAAAGCCCUCAAACCCGAGCUCCAAGAUACGCCGGCAAAAGAUUGCAUACCCAUUUUUUCCCAUGCCAUACAUGGGGUCUUGCCCUCGCUCUUUUCCACCCCGUCUACGAUGACGCGCAGCCUAUUAUCGCCCUACCAAAAGGCGGCGUAGAUGUCAGCUACGCUAAAUCCAUACUCAAGCACUGUCAAAUACAGACUAUUGCCUAUGUCUCCGGUCUUCUCGAAUCCAUGAUCCGUGAUCCCGAGGCUCUCUCUCUGCUCCGCGGAUUGGAGCAAAUCAAAACUGGAGGGUGCCCUCUGGGUGUAGAUCUUAUCAGAACACUGGAGAGAGAUGGGGGAACCGAUAUCUGUGAGGUCUAUGGAUCAACAGAGAUCUAUCCUAUGGUAUGCUCGCAUCUAUUCGAUGAUGCCGCCGGGGAACACAGCUAUUUUGCCUUUGGUAAGUGCAUGGGGCUUGACUUUGAGGAGCAUGGUGAUGGGCUCUUCGAAAUGAAGAUGAAGAAAGUGGCGGGCUUAGAACAGUUCCAAGGCGUGUUUGACACAUAUCCUCACCUGGAGACAUUCCAUACGGGCGACCUCUUCGUCCCUCAUCCGGACCGUGCUGGCUAUUGGCGCAUCGUCGGACGAGUUGAUGACGUGAUAAGCCUAUCAAAUGGGCAAAAUAUGGUUGUUGCAUUGUUAGAACGUCAAAUCGCACAUCACGAACUCGUGUCUGGUGUGUACAUAGGUCAGUCGGGGAGACCGUGGCCGAUUGUGCUCCUCGAGCCGAACGAAAAAGCCUUCCAGCUUUCCGACGAAGACUUUAUGAACUCGGUGUGGAUGCAAAUCCAGAAGGCAAAUGAAGGUAGUAAAACAUCAGUCCAAUUAUGCCAUGAACACCUAUUUUCAACAGGACUAAAGCGAAGGCUUCCGAGAACGGCAAAGCUAGCGAUUGACCGAGCAAAGACUGCAGCCGAGUUCAAGGAUCUAUUCGACCGGGCAUAUGGCUUCUCGUUGUAG